GCCUCACACCUCUCAACCCAAUUCAGAGCGAAGAUCCGAUCGCAUUCGCAUUAAGCAACGCGCAACACUUCUCAGUUGCCACUCGCACACACCGCGCAGCAACCGACAAUGUCGCUCGUGAGGCGCAGCAACGUGUUCGACCCCUUCUCCCUCGACCUCUGGGACCCCUUCGACAACAUGUUCCGCUCCAUCGUCCCGUCGGCGUCCUCUGACACCGACACUGCCGCCUUCGCCAACGCCCGCAUGGACUGGAAGGAGACCCCCGAGGCGCACGUCUUCAAGGCAGACCUCCCCGGCGUGAAGAAGGAGGAGGUCAAGGUCGAGGUGGAGGAUGGCAACGUGCUCGUCAUCAGCGGCCAGCGCAGCAAGGAGAAGGAGGACAAGAACGACAAGUGGCACCGCGUGGAGCGCAGCAGCGGCCAGUUCAUGAGGCGGUUCCGCCUGCCGGAGAACGCCAAGGUGGACCAGGUGAAGGCCGGCCUGGAGAACGGCGUGCUCACGGUCACCGUGCCCAAGGCCGAGGUGAAGAAGCCCGAGGUGAAGGCCAUCGAGAUCUCUGGUUAAGCAUCCAUGGACGUGGGUUGAAACCUUGAAAACGGUGCGGUGCGAUGCGAUGCGCUGCUGUUAGUCUUUGUGCGUGCAUGGUCUGUUGUAUGAGCAAAUGUGUUGAGGUGUUUACUACGCUAUAUAUGUAUUUCCCAUGUUCUCUUCUUCCGUGAAUUGUCCUAUGUUUCCUUGAUAAAUAAAUAAAAUCGGUUUUCUUAUGUUCUGAG